AAAAAAAGCAAUAACAAAGAGUAAAAGCGGCGUCUUUCUUUGCAUAGCACGGUGCUGUGAUUCCUCCCCACUGCAGAGGAUCCGACGACCGCGACACCACCCACACUCCGCCGCUUGUCUUCCACCUUCAGCACUCCUUCAUUAUGAGGAUCGUCGGAUUGACCGGCGGCAUAGGAUCGGGCAAGAGUACGGUUUCAAACCUCUUUAAAGCUCAUGGUAUUCCCGUUGUCGAUGCUGACGUCGUCGCUCGCAAUGUUCUGAAGAAAGGAACUGGUGGGUGGAGAAAAGUGGUGGCUGCGUUUGGUAACGAGAUUUUGCUUCCCAGUGGAGAAGUCGAUCGGCCGAAAUUAGGGCAAAUUGUGUUCAAUGAUCCUGAUAAGCGUCAGCUUCUUAAUAGGUUGCUGGCCCCUUAUAUUUCCACUGGGAUAUUGCUAGAAGUGUUCAAGUUAUGGAUGAAGGGUUGUAAAACCAUUACCCUCGAUGUACCACUGUUGUUUGAGGCCAACAUGGACAAGUGGACCAAACCCAUUAUUGUGGUUUGGGUGGACCCUCAGACUCAACUCGAACGGCUCAUGUCAAGAGAUGGAACAACAGCUGAGGAGGCGAACAGUCGGAUCAAUGCACAGAUGCCUCUGGAUUUGAAGAAGACGAAAACAGACAUUGUGAUUGAUAACUCAGGGUCCCUGGAUGAUCUGAACAAACGUUUCAGAGAAGCAUUGGCCGAUGUCAAAAGACCUCUGACGUGGGCUGAGUUUGGGCUUUGUAGAGAUGGAGCACUUGUAGCGUUUGUUUCCAUUCUUUGCGUCGUUAUCAUAUGCAGGAAAGUUUUUUUGUAGCUGUUCUAAUGUGCGGGUUGAUUGCUCAUGGAAUCAAGUGUAGUAAUUCAAGAAAUGUCUAUAUCUGCAUUUGUGGGAUUAACAUAUAACGUGAGGUAAAGCACCUGCAUAUGUGGGAUUUGUAUGUCAUUAAAAAAAUUAAAAUAAAAAGAAACAUGUUUCUGCAA